CAAUUAUACUCAAGAGCCCUGCAGUGGAUAGAUUUAACCAAGAAACAGCUGAAGGGACUUCAAAAUGAAGAUAGUCUUGCUGCUAGCUGUACUAAUGGCCUGUGGCUUAUUUGAGGUACAAGGGGACUUGCUACAAUUCCAAAACAUGAUUGGGAAGCUCACAGGAAAGAAUGCAUUGACUGACUAUGGCUUCUAUGGCUGCCACUGUGGCUUGGGAGGCAAAGGAACUCCCAAGGAUGCUACUGACAGAUGCUGUUCCACCCAUGAUUGCUGUUAUUUUAAGCUGGAGAAGAAAGGCUGCAAACCCAAAACACAGAACUACAACUACAAAUACCAGUCUGGAUCCAUUACCUGUGGGUCUGGGUCCAGUUGUCAGAAGGCCAUUUGUGCCUGUGAUAAAGCUGCUGCCUAUUGUAUGAAGAAAAACCUGAGGAGUUAUAAUGUGAAAUAUCGCAACUUCCCCAAUUUUCUGUGUAAAGGGAGUAAACCCCAAUGCUGAAGCUUCUUUUCCCCUUCCUCAACAAGAAUUGACAAGGAGCCUCCUAGACCCCCUAUUAUUUAGGGAUGACCCAUUCACUUUUGUCUAAAUUUCUUUAGCAAAUUAAAAAAGGGAAAUGAUGAGGUAUUGUGAAGUAGAUCUUCUGUUCAAGUGGACUUAACAAUUACAGUUCCAUCCCAGGUGGAGGUCUCUACAAAUCCCACCUUUACUUAUCCAAUCAGAAACCCAAGUUAUGAUUUCAAACUCCCGAGAUUGAACUUCCUCUAUAAAAGAUCUGUUCAUGGUGUAACUCCUUUUCAGCACUCUGUCUAACUUCAUAGUGUCUUCCCUUCAAUAUCUUUUUCCUCCUGGUUAACUGAGUUCCACUAAAGAAUUGUCUUUCCCCUUAAUUGUUAAAACCCUUUUCCUUGCUAACUACUGUAAGCUAUUCACAUAAUAAAAUGGCAAAACAUUUGUAA